AUGACACGAGAACAGUACAUACUAGCAACACAACAAAAUAACCUGCCAAGGGCUGAGAAUGCACAACUUUACCCAGUGGGAAUUUAUGGAUGGCGAAAGAGGUGCUUAUACUUCUUUGUCCUUCUGCUGUUGGUUACCAUGAUAGUUAACUUAGCCAUGACAAUUUGGAUAUUGAAGGUGAUGAACUUCACCGUGGAUGGUAUGGGAAAUCUGAGAGUCACCAAGAAGGGAAUCCGACUUGAAGGUAUAUCUGAGUUUCUACUUCCAUUGUAUGUGAAAGAAAUUCAUUCCCGAAAGGAUAGUCCACUGGUCUUACAGUCUGACAGGAAUGUAACAGUGAAUGCAAGAAAUCACAUGGGGCAGUUAACUGGACAGCUGACAGUAGGAGCUGAUGCUGUGGAAGCUCAGUGUAAAAGGUUUGAAGUGAGAGCAAGUGAAGACGGCAGGGUGCUGUUUUCUGCAGAUGAAGAUGGGAUUACCAUUGGGGCUGAAAAGCUGAAAGUUACAGGCACUGAAGGAGCAGUGUUCGGGCACUCUGUUGAAACACCUCACAUCAGAGCUGAACCUUCCCAAGACCUCAGGCUUGAAUCACCAACCAGGUCCUUGAUAAUGGAAGCUCCCCGGGGGGUCCAGGUGAGUGCUGCAGCCGGAGACUUCAAGGCUGCCUGCAGGAAGGAGCUCCAUUUGCAGUCCACAGAGGGGGAGAUAUUUUUGAAUGCGGAUACAAUCCGGCUGGGAAACCUGCCAACCGGCUCUUCUUCCUCUUCUUCACCCGGCCCCUCCCACUCUCGGCAGACAGUGCAUGAACUGUGUGUCUGCCCCAACGGCAAACUGUACCUGUCUCCAGCUGGGGCCGGGUCUACUUGUCAGUCCAGUAGCAACAUCUGCUUGUGGAGCUGA